AUGGAAGAAUACUUAGGGAAUGCGAAUAAUGUCGAUAUAUUUGAGUUUAUCAAGAAAGCCAUCACGGUGGCUGCUACUGACUACCCAGACGAAUUUCGCAAUAACAAAGACAAAAUAAUCGAAACUCUCUAUUCGUGUAACAAAAACACCCAAGAAGAUGAUUCGCAAAAACAAAGUAUCCCAAAGGCUUCAAAGACGGCUUGUGAUCUGCCAAAGGCUAAAAGACCGACUAUUCGUAUUGUUUAUCGUCAAGGGGUUGCUGAGGUUUUCAGGAUCAAAGAGGUUCUUGAAGGCGAAUCUGAAUCGGUGGCAAUCAUCUGUGACUUGUUAACCAAGCUUCGAUACAUGGGGUUAAGUGUGAACACUCUGGAGGUGACUGGGAUAGGAAAGACAGUUAGCGUUCUUCGGAAACAUGCAUCCAAAGAAGUUGGUCAGGUCGCGAGUAGACUCUUGAAAGAAUGGAAAGAUAUGGUGGAAGAAUGGCUCAAGAAUAAUAAUGAUGCAAGUUGUGUUGUGCACCAGACUUUAUCAGAUGAAGAAAACAAGGCUGCAAAGGGUCAAGUGAUCAUCGAUCAAGAGAAGAUCAGUAAGGAUAUGUAUUCAAAGGAAUUGUUGAUUCAAGACAAAAUAAAGAGAUUAGAGCAACCCAUGGAAAAACAAAACCGAACCAUCACACAACGAGCCAACAAUCAAACCGUGGAUGUAGUGGUCAAGAAAGUAGUGUUGCCUGCAGUUUUGAAACCAGUAGUGAAUAUGGUUGCAAAAACUCAAUCGGGGAUCGCUUCACAUAGUAUAAAGAGUACAGAGAGUUUAGUGAUUCCUCAUCAUCAACAAAGUAAACAAAUAAUAGAUGCAGCAGCAAGGAUGCCGAAAAGGAUUGAAAAGACGACUGAAGAAAAACUCGAAGCUGUGAAAAGGAAACUGCAUCAAGCUUACGAGGAUGCCGAAAACAUGAAGAAGAGACGAACACAAAUGCUGGCGUUUCAUCAACUACCAAAGAAGGGCCUUCUUCCGGAAAAAACUCUACACAUUAAGCCUCGAGGCCACCAGUUGAGAAGACCUGGUAAUAAUGCGAUUAGAUCAGUGGUCCAAGCUUAUUGA